AGGCGGGCACAGAGCAGGAGCCGGCACCCCGUUCUGCCGCGGGGGCGACUCGGGGACCCAAGCCGGGCAGGGUCUCGGUCUCCUCCGGCGGCAGGGGCUGAAUUACCGCGAGGCUGGGCUCCUCUGCAGGAGGAGCUGCCGCCGCGCGUCGGCUGGGGCGAUGCUGCCGCUGCUGCAAUGAGUGAUGCUGGCGGGGGGAGGAGGAGGAGAAGCACAAACCCACUGCAAUUCCUCCUCCGGCGGCAGCGGGGAAAGCGGCUGGUCCUUCGCCGGAUCACAUCGCCAGCCCCGCUCCGGCUCCGGGGCCCCAAAGGCGCCCUCUCCUCCCCCCACCGCCAUCGCCACCCCCGCAGAGGAGCAGCGCCGCGGCGGGCCGAGGGGGCUGGGGAGGGGGGCACCAUGCCUGGAGGCCGGGCAGCCAAGGACCAGGCGCCUCCUCCCUCUGCCCCCCUGCUGCGCUGGGACGAGGUGCCCGAUGACUUCGUGGAGUGCUUCAUCCUGUCGGGCUACCGGCGGCUGCACUGCAGCGCCCAGGAGUGCCUGGCCUCGGUGCUGCAGCCCACCAACGAGACGCUCAACUUCUGGACCCACUUCAUCCCCCUGCUGCUCUUCCUGAGCAAGUUCUGCCGGCUCUUCUUCCUGAGCGGGGCCGGCGAGCUGCCCUUCCACCACCCGCUGCUGCUGCCCCUCUGGUGCUACGCCUCGGGCGUCCUGCUCACGUUUGCCAUGAGCUGCACGGCCCAUGUGUUCAGCUGCCUCUCGCUGCGCCUGCGCGCCGCCUUCUUCUACCUGGACUACGCCUCCAUCAGCUACUACGGCUUCGCCAGCACCGUGGCUUAUUCCUACUACCUGCUGCCCGGCCUGCGCCUGCUGGACGCGCGGGCCAUGAGCCGCUACCUGCAGCAGCGCCUGGGCUGGCAGCUGGACUGCAGCCUCCCCAUCGCCCUCUACAGCGCCCUGGUGCUGCCGGUGGCCUUCGUGCUGGCCGUCACCUGCACCGUGGCGUGCUGCAAGAGCCGCUCCGAGUGGUGCGCCUACCCCUUCGCCAUCCGGACCUUCGUCUUCGCCAUGCCCCUCAGCAUGGCCUGCCCCAUCAUGCUGGAGAGCUUCCUCUUCGACCUGCGCGGGCAGAACCCCACCCUCUUCGUCUACUUCUACAGGCGCUACUUCUGGCUCCUGGUGGCUGCCUUCUUCAACAUCAGCAAGAUCCCCGAGAGGAUCCAGCCGGGGCUGUUUGACAUCAUCGGGCACAGCCACCAGCUCUUCCACAUCUUCACCUUCCUCAGCAUCUAUGACCAGAUGUACUAUCUAGAAGAAGGGCUGCUGCAGUUCCUCAAAUCCCCACCUGCCUCCCCUACCUUCCUAGGCACCAUCGGAUAUAUGCUGCUCUUAAUGCUUUGCCUGGGAAUGGUCAUAAAGAAAUUUUUGAACGUUGCAGAUCUCUGCAAACAGGACUAGGUGGCCAGGUAUAUUUAUUCCUAUUGUGAUUCCUGUUCCUAUUCUUUUUAGAGUAUGCUGCAAAAUUUAAGUGAAAGGUACAAAGGAGCCUGGUACCUUUCUAUUGAAAGUGGUUGUUUCCUCUUGUCAAUCACUGAACUGCUAGAAUACUACUAUUACUCUUAAAACUACUAGGUUCCCAAGGGAAGAAAUCAAGCACUAAUGUUUAUAACUAUUCCUACAUUGUUGUUUAGGACACAAGGUGAAACCAUUUAGUAUUACUGUUUAAUCUGCUAGAAAAAAAUGCAUGAACUGUGAAGGCCCCUUUACUAACUCCAGACUGUUUAGGAGGUUGUUUAGGACACAAGGUGAAACCAUUUAGCACUACUGUUAAAUCUGCUAGAAAAAAGAAUGCAUGAACUGUGAAGGCCCUUUACUAACUCUAGAUCAUUUAGGAGAUUAUUUAAAUCAGCAAUAUAUGCACCCACACCAGGAUUAUACACACAGAUUUUUAAUCAAGUCCUGGGUGGAAUUCCCUAGCAGAUUAUGCACUGAAGUUGUUCUUCUUCUGUGCUACUGUAAUAGCCCUUUGAGGUCACAUGCACUGGAACUGGAUUUUAAAUGCAAACAAGCUGACAGCUGUCCAUAGUCCCUCCCUUUCCC